AUGUCUCGUUUAGACGUGAGUUGUACGACGAAGAUGGAUGAGCUGUACGACAUUUUGAAGAUAAACCUAAUCUUUGGUUACCUUGUCCUCGUUCUGCUUCCUGUUGCUGUCGCUCUGACGCCCCACAAGUUUCCCAGCGUACAUGAACUGAAAGUAUACCGCAUGCAUCACUACGACUUGCACGGCAGCAGAUAUGGUACGUACAUCGAAACCCUUGCGAGUAGGCGAUAUGCUAAGGAAACUACAAGUUUAGGUAGUCGACGAUGGAGGUUCAGUCUCGAGGCGGCAUCAGUGCGAGCACGCGACCUCACACGAAAAUGUCUAGUCGUGUGGUGGAAUGACUUUAAGCCAGAUAUGCUUGAGUCGGAAGUAAAGAAGUCUUUGGGAGCCGUGAUACUUCUCAUUCCGCGGAAUCUAAGUGCCAUCGCUGGCGAAGAUAAAGCAGCGUUCAUGUUCAUGGAGGAAAGAAUGUCCGGAAAAGAGAUCGAUUUGCCUGUUUACUUCGCGUUUGCGACUCCGGAAGUUCAACACAUUCUUGAUAGUGUCCAGCGACAGAAUCAAGCCGAAGAAGGCAGUGUUCUGAAGGCGUCUUUUCUGGCGGUUACGGCUAAUUCUUAUAAACUGGUGUCGCAGAAUCAAGCGUCCAGCCUGAACAGUCAUUUUCAAAUGCAGAAUGUUGUGGUAAGUGCGGACGAAAAUUCCACUUCAGGGGAAGUGUGUUAUGCCUAG